AGAGCGCCGUGCGAGGCGCACGCUUGCGACUCGCGCUCCCUAAAACUAGUGUUGACUUGUAAUUUGUAUGGUUAAAAAGUGGGUGGGUGAGGAAGUUUUUUUUCUUUUCUGACAUUUUUCUGUGAACUAUUUUUCAUUCAUCAUGUUGAGUUUUUUCUGAGGUAACUGGAGCGGAGAGAGAACAUAAUGGGGGAUUGUGUCAAGCGUAAUCUACAUACAACGAACUCUUUCACUCUAACAAAAGAGAUAAACCUGACUUAACCGAUCACGAGAAACACGAUGUGAACAAUGAAACUGGAAGUAUUUAAUAUUAACACAGUUGACAAUUUUACGUUGGACGAUAGAGAGCUAUCAACAUCAAUGUAUCUAACGGACAGCUACGUGAAUAAGAGCUUAGAGGUAAACGAAAGUAGCAGCGACUUUGUAUACAGCAACCAGUUCCAAGACGAGCCGUUUGUAGUGUUCCUGGUGAUCUUAAAAUGUCUGAUCAUGCUCUUCAUCAUUUUGGCGGCGAUAUUCGGCAACUUACUAGUCAUAGUCUCCGUGAUGAGACACAGAAAGUUAAGGGUGAUCACAAAUUAUUUCGUCGUGUCGCUCGCGUUCGCCGAUAUGCUCGUUGCCAUCUGGGCGAUGUGUUUCAACUUCAGCGUAGAGAUCACUAAUGGAAAAUGGCUCUUCGGCUACUUCAUGUGCGAUGUUUGGAAUUCGCUCGACGUUUACUUCUCGACCGCGUCCAUCUUACACCUGUGCUGCAUCAGCGUGGAUAGAUACUAUGCCAUCGUUCAACCUUUGGACUACCCUCUGAUUAUGACAACGGGUAAACUGGGGAUAAUGUUGGCCGUCGUCUGGUGCAGCCCAGCGUUGGUCUCCUUUCUCCCGAUAUUCAUGGGCUGGUAUACGACUCAAGACCACAUGGAUUUUAGGAAGCGAUUCCCAAAAGUGUGCAGUUUCACUGUGAACAAAGUGUAUGCAGUGAUAUCGAGUAGUGUUAGUUUCUGGAUCCCUGGUGUGAUAAUGUUGUAUAUGUACUAUAGAAUUUAUGUGGAAGCUGACAGACAGGAGAGGAUGUUAUACAGGAGUAAAGUAGCAGCGUUACUCCUGGACAAGCACCUUCAGAUCAACGGCAUCAUGGGUGAGGUGAUGAGGGAGAGGCAGAGCAUCCAGAUGCAGCCCAUGGCCAGCAGCAAGAUGAAGCGGGAGAGGAAGGCGGCGAGGACCUUGGGCAUCAUCAUGUCCGCCUUCUUGGCUUGCUGGCUCCCUUUCUUCUUGUGGUACAUAAUAACGGCAUUGUGUGGACCUUCGUGUCCAUCGCCGCCUCCCGUCGUCGCAGCCGUUUUUUGGGUCGGGUACUUCAACUCCGCCCUUAACCCUCUCAUCUACGCAUACUUCAAUAGGGACUUUCGAGCCGCUUUCAGGAAAACCCUGGACUCCUGCUGCAGAUUAUCUUCAUGCUUUCUUCCGCAGUCUACACAUAGAGUAAGACUGGUCUCCCUAAGAUAUUCAUUAACACGUACACCAACAACAACAAUGAGAAUUACAAUACGAAGAGGUCGCUCUGUGGAAAUGUAGGCCGGAAAUGCUGUCACCGCCCCCGUCGGGAGCACCAUCACUCCAAUGCAUCGUCAGAUAUACACAUGAACAACUGCAUCAAAUCAACAUCAGCUGAUGUUUUAAGAGCUCAUCAAGCAUCAUCGUCUAGACCAGAAGAUAUCAUGAUAGAAACUUAAAAAGCGCUCGCAAAAGACGUCGGUGGAGGUUGUGAAUUGAUUUUUGAAUGAAUUACCUUAUUCUUAUUAACCGUCUUAACGUUUUACUUUUUUCAUAAUAUGUUUUAAAAGACAUAUUUAAAUGAUAAACUUUAAUCAAAUAGGGGUGAUGGCGGGGUACAGUAAACGAAAUUCUAUUUAGUCCGUCAGUUAGAUGAUCAAAAAAUAAUGGACACGUAUUUUUUCAUUGGGCAAUCAAGCAAAAAAUGACAAAGUUAUAGCGCAUCAAAGUUUGGGAGUAGGGGCUCGUGACGUCACUUUUAAGUGAAAAUUGUACCAAAACGUGACGUCAUGCGACUUUUCAAAUCAAUAUAUCUCUGCAAUGUUUAUAUUAUGUGAAAAAAGAAAAAAUACGUGUCUAAUACUUUUUGAUAAUCUACCUGAUAAACGAAGAA